AUGGCACCCAACUCCUCCAUGUCCCAAGCACAUGCACCUUUUCUGAGAACAGAUAUCGUCUCGACGCCCAAUUCAUGCCACGGAGGGGGACAACUGCAUAUUCCAUAUGAUCUCCCCUUCAGAUCUCCCCUUCAGAUCUCCCCUUCGGAUCUCCCCUUCAGAUCUCCCCUUCAGAUCUCCCCUUCAAAUCUCCCCUUCGGAUCUCCCCUUCAGAUCUCCCCUUCAGAUCUCCCCUUCGGAUCUCCCCUUCGGAUCUCCCCUUCAGAUCUCCCCUUCAGAUCUCCCCUUCGGCUCUCCCCUUCGGAUCUCCCCUUCGGAUCUCCCCUUCGGAUCUCCCCUUCGAAUCUCCCCUUCGAAUCUCCCCUCCAGAUCUCCCCUUCAGAUCUCCCCUUCAGAUCUCCCCUUCAGAUCUCCCCUUCAGAUCUCCCCUUCAGAUCUCCCCUUCAGAUCUCCCCUUCGGAUCUCCCCUUCGGAUCUCCCCUUCAGAUCCCCCCUUAA